UGAACAAAGAAAUGUUCUGGGUAGUGACUGAAGUUUGUAGUGAACCAAACCCAUUAAGGAGGAUGAAGAUUAUUAAGCAGUUCAUAAAAAUAGCAAGACAGUGUAAAGAAUGCAAGAACUUAAACUCCAUGUUUGCUAUCCUCAGUGGACUUGACCAUGGAGCAGUUUCCAGGCUGAGGUCCAGCUGGGAAAAAUUGCCUUCUAAAUAUUCCAAAAUGUUUAAGGACCUGAGUGAUUUCAUGGACCCAUCCCGAAAUAUGUGUAAAUAUCGAACCCUGAUUAGCAGUGAACAUACACAACCUCCCAGGAUACCAUUUUAUCCAAUUGUGAGGAAAGAUCUUAUGUUCAUCCACCUUGGUAAUGAUACAAAAGUGGAAGGUCUGAUUAAUUUUGAAAAAUUAAGGAUGAUUGCUAAAGAAAUUCGACAGCUCAUGAACAUGUCUUCCGCUCCUUAUGAUCUUUUCAACAUGCUCGAGCUGGGUGGAGCCAACCCUUCCACUGCUAUGGCAUCUCUAAACAGUUUUGCUACAACAUCUAGUACUGCCACUGUAAAGAAAAGAAAAAAGAGUACUACCCAACCUCAUCCAAAAAAAAUGUUUGAAGAAGCACAGAUGGUGAGAAGAGUAAAAACAUACUUAGCUAAUCUUAAAGUGAUCACCGAUGAAGAUCAAUUGAGAAGUAUGUCAGUGGAAUGUGAACCAGCUGUUGGGACAGGUCCUGCUAGUGUGGUACCUAGAAAACGACAUCCUUCACCCACCCUGUCUAUAGCCAGUACUAAUAGCAGUACAUCAGAAGGAAAGAAAUCAGUUAACUCUGGGCCAAAAUUUGGAACUGAAUCACCUCAAGCUGUUAGAAAAAUGUUAGCCCUCUCUGAUCAUUCUAAGCUCCGCCCCUACCAACGUACCAGACACUCCCAUUCACCUUCUCCAUUACCUUCACCAAAUGCAGCUCGACGGUGGCAAGACAAUGGUCAUGGUCGCUCUCACAGUGAUACUCAAAACCCUUCUGUACAUCCAGUAGAUCUUUCGAUGGAAAGUUCUAGUGUCACUAGUUUAAAUAAUCUUCUACUACGCAAAACACAAACUUCAGGUUUGGUGACAUCUUUAGACAGCAGUAGUAGAGGUGACUAUCGAUGCCAUCACAGUCAUGAAUCAAACUCAUUUCACACUUCUGUUGGGUUAGCCAGCAAUAACAUCAACUUUGUGGGAUCAGGACACUCACCUUCACAACUUCAACACUGUAAUUACAGUAAAUUAUCACACUCUUUACCUGUUAACCAGAUAAGAACAAAUACUCCAUACAUUCCUCUUGGUGUCCCAGUUCUUCCACCUAUUCCUGUUGGGUCUACAGGUCUUCGACCUUUAGUCCUCAUGCCUCCACCCCUUCCUCUAAGGGAUGCUUCACAUUACCCUCCAAUCCGAGGACAAAGGCCUUCAGAUUACCAUUAUUCCUCUAAACACAUGUCUUACGGAAGUCCCGUGGGUCAGUUAGCCCAUACCCAUAGUUAUGAUGGUAUCACAUUUGUAGAUUACUAUAACACAGAUGGAAUGGACCCAGAAGAAGAUGAAGAUGAGGAAACUCAAGUGUCAGCAGUGUAGGCAAAAAAUUUAUUUUGCUUCAUAGCAGGAAUCUCAAAUAAUAAUAUAUGACUAUCGGGUAGAAGCUUCCUAGUCUAUUUUAUAUUUGACUAUUAAUAAGGAGAACAGGUGUUAGAGAUUCUUCAAGAGUAGAAGAGCCAUAGUUAGAAGAUCAGAGAACUGAGGGAAAAAAAAACUAUAAUAAACAACAUGGAAAAAAAACCAAAGAAAGGCUUCAAUGUAAAGUAAUAAUUCCUUGAUAUUGUCUAUUGUUGUUGUGACAGAAACCUCAUGUAUUUUCUGUCUUGAUUGUAUAUUGACUAAAUUCUUGGACUCAUUCUCCAUUUGUACAUAAGUUGAGGAAGCAAAAUGAUGUGGUAUGGACUUGGAGGAAACUGUGCAAUGUGAUGGUUUCUUUCUUAUUUUAGCUGUCAUAGUUCACUGUUACUAGAUCCCAUAGCAUAUUCACAGUUGUCAGAAGUAUUGUUUAUAAAACAUAUUCAUUGUGUGUCUGUUUAUAUGUAGUUACUUGUAUAAAAUCAUUUUUACUGUUUGCAAUGUGAUGGUUUCUUUCUUAUUUUAGCUGUCAUAGUUCACUGUUACUAGAUCCCAUAGCAUAUUCACAGUUGUCAGAAGUAUUGUUUAUAAAACAUAUUCAUUGUGUGUCUGUUUAUAUGUAGUUACUUGUAUAAAAUCAUUUUUACUGUUUGUAGAUAUGUUAAACUUUUUAAGGAGAAUAGAUUGGAUUUUAUACUCGAUUUAUUUCUAUUAAGAUUCUAUUAACUUUCAGUAAAACAAACAGCAAUUAAUUGUCAUUUUUAAGAUACAAUGUAAAAAAUAAUGAUAAACAAAAGUUACAAAAUUAACAUACUUGCAAGUUACUAUCUCACCAAUGCUUUUCAUCAAGUAUUUGUUUUUAGUUCCAAGAAUUAAGAAGGCAUGCUCUUUAUUUUUCCAAUAACAUUCUAAAGUUUGUUUUUUUUUCUAUUUCCUAGUACCUGACUAUAUGCAAAGCAAUCUUAACAAUUUAAAAACCAAUAACUUUUCAAGAAGCAUUUGAUUUCCUUCAACAGUUUUGUUUUGAAAGUAUCUUAAUAAACAUUUUUUCUUUCUUCAUUGUUAAGUUUAGGAGCUAUUAUUAUUAUUAUUGAUUUUUUGGCAGCAAGGUGUUUUAUGUGACAUUCUAGGAUAUUUAUAAUAUUUCAUUUUACACUUCAUUAGGGAAAUUUAACCUCUUUGGAGAAUUUAAUACUUCAAAUUGGUGUAGAAUCUUCUGAUACCAUCAUUUUCAAAUUCCAUACAUUUUGCAGGCAGCAAAGAAUUAUAAGCCAUAGCAUAUUUGUCACACCAUCAUCUGUUUUACAAUCCUUUCAGAGGUCUGUUCAUUUAUAAAAAUUUACAAUGCUAUUUUUUGUUUUGAAAGCAUGCCUAAUACACUUCUGUUAUCUGUAACUUUUAAAUAUCAUGGUGUGGAGUUACAUGUUUAAGUUUCCAAUUUCAGUAUAAAAAUCAUUCAACACCAGAAACACCCAAUGAUGAGGAAAACUACUGUCAAACAUAAAAUUGUUAGUAAUUUGGAAACAAAACUGAGAAAAAGUUUGUAAGUGUGACAAAUAUAUAUCUAAGUUUGCUAUAUCAAUAAGUAUGUUUAAUAUAUGCAUCAAAACACACCCAUUCAUUAAGGUCUUCUCACUGUUCUACAAGUUAGCUAAAAACGAUUAAACAAAGAUAUUAUCUGCUUGAAAGAUUAUAUUUUUAUCACAUACUCAAACUUUUGUCAUUCUAAAUGGUGGGAUUUGGAUGUCCUCUUAUAAUACACCUGUGGACCCAAAGUGUGAAUUGCAAUUUUUUAUAUUAGCAAUGAUAGGAUGUUAAUGACAGAACUUAAACUACUCAUAAAGAACAUUUAAUGUUAUGACAAGUGAAAAACCUGAGCUUUGAUUACAGCUAACUCUUAUUAACCUGUGAAACCAAGUUCCAGUAUUAUAUAAGUAGCUUAGGAAGUACUAAUUAAUUUUUAAUACCAUGUAAACAAAUGUUUUUUGUUGAAUAAAGACAUCCAAGUAGAA